GAGGGGCGGUGGCCUCGUGGCUGCCAUGGCAACCGGCCCGGCCCCCGGGAGACGGGAGCGGCCGCGGGGUCGGGGCUGCCAUGGCCAGGACGGUGCUGACCCUGCUGCUGGCCCUGCUCGGCGGCUCGCAGCUUUUGAAAGCAGAGUACUUCUUUCCUUGGAAGGGAGAGCAGCAGAUGUACAAGCUGGACAUAGGCUGGCCUAAAACUCCAGAACACUUCACUGGCCAAACAUUUUGUGUUGCUGUUGAUUCUCUCCAUGGUUUGGUCUAUGUAGGACAACGGGGAGAAAAUGUGCCAAAGGUACUUGUAUUCUCAAAAGAAGGCUAUUUUCUUCACUCCUGGAAUGAUACAGUUGAAAUGCCUCAUGGUAUCUUUGUAUGGAACACUGCAACAGGAAGUUCAGUUUGGAUCACAGAUGUUGGAACAGGGGAAUAUGGACACACAGUGAAACAGUAUAGCCCUUUGGGUAAGCUUCUGCAGGUCUUGGGCACACCAGGUAAUGCUGGUUCAAGUUUGAUUCCCCUGCAGUUUGAUCAACCAGCAGAGAUCUUUGUGGAGGAAACUGGAGAACUCUAUGUUGUUGAUGGAGACGGAGGAAUGAACAACAGAUUGCUCAAAUUAUCAGAUGACUACAAAGAGAUAUGGCUGACUGGAACAAAUGGGAGCGGCAUUGGUCAGUUCAAGAUUCCUCACAGUGUAACAGUGGAUGCUUUUGGACGGGUAUGGGUUGCAGACAGAGGCAACAAGAGAAUCCAAGUUUUUGAUAAAGUCACAGGAGAAUGGCUAGGGUCUUGGAGUGGCUGUUUUUCAGAAGAUGGACCCUAUUCUGUCAGGUUUACUGCUGAUUACAAAUACCUGAUUGUAGCUCAGCUGAAUAUCAACCGGUUGGCAAUCUUGGCAGCACCUUCAGUUGGCUCCAUUGGAGAAUGUGUCAUGGUCCACAGUGUCCAGCUGGCUGAUGAAACCAAACCACACCUUGUGGAUGUAGACAUGGAGAGUGGAGCAGUCUAUGUUGCAGAGAUUGGAGCCCAGCAAGUACAAAAAUAUGUACCCUUAAGCUGAUGGUUUCCCACAACUGCCAUGGCACAAGCUGUGUGACAUUUAAGACCUAUGACCAUAUUUCCUUGAGUUCUUUAUAGCUUGUGUUUCCUUAGACAAGUACAGAAUGCACAAGGGCUCCCAGAACUCUAGAGCUAAGACUCUGUCCUAGCUGUUCUGGAGUUCUGAAGUAAUACUUGGUCUUGAGCUGUUACUUGUUUAACUAAUGAUAUGGUAGUUUUUACUUUUGUUGCAAUUGUAAAAUGAUAAGCAUUUUAAUUUUAUUCUAUAAAACUUUACAAACACAACUGUUGAUCUUAAAUAUAUGGGGUCAACUUGGGACUCUACUUAGGCUGUGUGUUUAUAUGGUCAGAAAUGUCUGAAAGAAGAUUUAUAAAUUAUUUCCUUGGAGAAGAGCACUUUAUUUCAAUGUUUUUUCACUUUUUUUUUUUUUUGGAAUGGUUGUGCUGAUACUGUCCAACAGAAAAUAUAAGGAUGUGUCACAGUGUUAAAUUAGAUGCUGCUGAAUAUUGGUGUCAGUACUGAUAUUGGCAUCUGCCUUAGGUGGUUAAUGACAUAAGUAUUGAAAUCUGUUUUCAGCUCUAGCUAAAGCCAUGAAGUCUGUAAUAAGCUUCAGCUAAAUUGAUAUUAGACACUUCAAACUAAAUUAAAAGUAUCUGCACAGCAGCCAAGUACUGAUUCUUGACUGAAUUAGUUCUUAACCUUAUUUGAUUUAUUUCAGCAUGAGUUUUCUGUUCUGUAAGAUUUCAUAGUGGAACAUAUUGAGGUUCAAGUCAUGUAAGGUCCUCAAGAAAAACAAAUUGCAAUUUGCUAAGCAAGUGUUAAUCAGCAGCAGGGACUGGGAGACAUAUGAUUUUCUUCUGAUUCAAUUUAAGCUCUGUCAGUUAACAGCAAAGCAUCUGUUUUAAUUUAUUUCCAGAACUCAGACUUCAUCAACUCCAUUAAUGUGUAGAGUUAAGUUUCUUACACUAUAUUAUAGCAAUGUCUCUAAUCUCUGUCCUAAAAAGUCCUACCUCUCCAUUCCCAGAACAAAGUUGUUCUGGUUUCUUUGCAUUUUGCUACAAGAUUUUAAGUUCACUUUAUAGCAUAGAGGAAACCAGGUAUGGAAAAAAUGGGAUGGGAGAGAUGGCAUGGCAGAAAUGAGAUCGUGGAUAACUGAUGAACAUGGUAAAACUGUGCAUCCACAUUCCAUAUUUUCUAGCUCUUUAAACAUUUGAGAGGAUUUUUGCUGUUUCCACACACUUAUUCUACUAUGUGGAUUAUUUUAAUGCUAAUCACCAGCUAAGAGAGGUAAUUUUUUUUA